CUGCAAAACUGCCGUUGGCAUACGGAACUUACCAAUUUGCAGCUUCAGUCCCCAGGGUUAGAAACAACAAGACCAUAGCAGCCCGUCAUUUUUCAUAUCCUCAUUUCCUUCCAGACAUUUGACAAGAUGUCCGCAAAAGUAGCUACAGCCGCAACCAACAAUCCUCUUCCAGGACUGACCUCCCUUGAUGACCUCGACCUGCCAGACUUUGAUCCCGCAAUCCACCUUGCCUUCCAACCACCUGCUCGUCGCCAUACCUUCCAAGACCUUGGUCUGCCACAGCCAGAGAAUGCGCCCGAUCUCUGCGUCACAGACCCAUUUCCACUCUUCUCAGAAGAAGGAGUGCGCAUGUUGCGCCGCGAGAUGCUGAGUAAACCGAUGCUUGACAAGUAUCUUCGUUCAUGGGAUCGUGCUCCUGCUUACAUUGCGGGUCAUGAGAAGACCGCAAAGUUCACGCUUCAAGCAUGGCAACAUCCCGCGACGCAAGCAGCUAUCGAUCGGGCGGCUGGUUUCGGGUUACAUCUCCUGAGGCGAGAAGCCGAUCUGGGCCUGGUAAACAUCCAGCUUGGUCCUGAAGGUUUACCCGGAGUCUACAAACUCACCGAGACGCCUUCAGCCCCUCUUUCGCCUCAAGAAAUGCAAAAGUCCAGCUACGACGACAUACCAAUUGACUCAUGGCACAAAGACCAAGUCCCUGUCGUUUGCGUCGUCAUGCUCAGCGACACAAGCGGAAUGCAAGGCGGUGAAACAGCUAUCAGGACAGGUGAUGGCUCCAUCGUAAAGGUGAAAAGUCCAACCGUUGGAGGCGCUGUCAUCAUGCAGGGCGGUUGCACAGAGCACGCUGCCUUGCGGGCGACUAAUGUGCCUGAGCGGUUGAGCAUGGUGAGUAGCUAUGCGUUUGCUGAUCCUAACCUGGAUGAUCGCUAUACGUCGCUUCGAAGUGUGGACUUGGGGAAUGAUGAUAUUCCGACUUUUUGUAAUAUUUUUCUUCAGGAGAAGCUGCUUCGUUUGAGGGGGCGUGUUGAUUCAGUUUUGGAGACCUUGGUUGAGAAGGAGAAGAACGGGGAGACUGUUGAGAGGUAUGAGUUUGAAGGAUGGGUGAGGGAGCAGAUGGAAUUUCUUCAACGGAGUGCGUGGGAGAUGUAUGAGAGGGUGCCUAAUUACCUGGGCAAGGAUGUACCGGAGGAUGUUAUACGAGGUUACCUAAGAUGAAAUGGACAAUGGGGAGAAUGAAG